AUGAGACCUAUUGUGUCAUCUAUUAAUUCACCUAAUAUUAAUAUCUCCAAAUUUCUAACGGAUAUCUUAUCCAAAUCAUAUAAUUACAAUAAUAAUUUUGUUGAUUCGUUUCACUUUAGUGAAUUUAUUAAUAAUUUCAAACUACCACAAGGCUACAUUUUAGUAAAUUUUGAUGUGGUGUCUCUCUUCACUAACUUACCUUUGUCCAGCGUUAUCACCUCCCUGAGAAAUCAUUGGAAUUCUAUUAAACCUAACUGUCCCGUUUCUUGGGAUGUAUUUGCAGAACUUUUGCAACUAGUUUUCGACACAAGUUUCUUGGUCUUUGAUGACAAAUUUUAUCUCCAAAUAUUUGGUACACCUAUGGGUUCCUCAAUCUCUCCCAUCCUCGUUAACUAUGUACUGGAUGAUUUGAUAUCUGACCGUUUAGGUUUUUUGGAUUUUCAAAUCCCUUUUAUUAAGCGGUAUGUGGAUGAUUUAUUAUUAGCCUUACCACCUGACAAGGUUCAGGGUACCUUAUCCUUUUUCAAUGAGUUUGAUACUCAUUUCCAGUUCACUGUUGAACUUGAGGACACUGUCACCAAUAGUAUUCUCUUUUUAGACAUGCGUGUCAUUAGAAUGGGAGAUAACACACUAACCACAAGUUGGUAUAGAAAACCGAUGGCCUCUAAUAGUUAUGGAUCCUCGUUUGAUGCCAUACCCAAUGGUGACCAACUUAGAACCAUAUCAAAUAAUUCAAUUAAUAGCAUUGUUCUGCCUGAUACUGAUCUUGAGAAUCCUACCAUCCAUUACUCAUCUUUACCUCAUUUUCCUCAAGUUACUGAGAAACUUAUUAAACUGCAUAAACAGAAUAACACACCUGUAAAAAUUGCGGUCAAGAACGCUAAGACUGUUAGAAAUUUGUUUUCAAAAACCAAAACACCCUUGUCCACUUUGGAACAAGUUAACACCAUUUAUCACAUACCUUGUGCCGAGUGUGAUUCUUGUUAUAUUGGUCAUACUGGGAGAUCAUUAAAAGGAAUAUCGGCAUAUAGAGAUGCAUCUUGUCCUAGGAUAUGUAAAGAAAAUGCCUAUGGAGAUCCAGUAUGUGGAAGUGACGGAGUAAUAUAUCCAAAUAUAUGUGAACUAAAGAAAAAAACUUGUGGAAAGGAUGUCAAUUCCAAUCUAGUAUGGGAUUGUGUGGGUGCCCUAAAUAAACUAGGAGACCAUAUUAAGGUUACCGUAGGCUGGAUAACGGGACACGACGAUCAUAAAAGCAAUGAAAAAAUAGAUUAA